CAUGAGUUCUCUGCCUCCGCCGCUGUCGGCGUCGCUGCCGCAGCGCUGCCAAUGUUCCACGGGCGGUUGGCAACUUCAUAAACACGGAGCGGACUCAGUCGUUUGGUAACUGUUGCAUUCGGCACUUGGUUCGCUCGUUACCCUCAGUCGCUCUUGAAUUUCGUGGGUGGCACGUCGCUCGCUCGGCUUUUUGGCUUCGGUAUUUCGUGAUUCGGGUCGGAAUCGUAUAAACCUGCGUCCGUGUGCGUCAGCCGGCCAUUGGGAACCAACACAGCCAAAGGCAUUCGCUCCACAGCGCGUCCGUGUGUGUUUAUCACUGUGGCAUAAUCUUCGAUUAGAGGCCAGCAAAACCUACCGAUCGGAUAUACCCCUGCAGAAAAAUAAUAAUAAUAUCAACGAGCCGCAAUAAACAACAAAAACACACUGCACACACCCCAAAACACAUACACACAUCUCAUAAAAAAUAUAAACCAGAGCCUCAGCGGCCGUAAAGUGUCAACAAAACGUACUUGGUCGUUAUUGUAUGCAUAAAAAGCUAAGGCAAGUGCAACCGGAGUAAAGCCAAAAAAAUAUAUACACACAAGGAAACUUAAAAAAAAUAAGCCCGGGAUUACACGCACGCAAAAAAAAUAAAUAAAGGAAGCCAAAGGAAGUCUGCAGCAAAAUCAUGUCACGGAUCGUUUUUAUAUGUCUUGCAGCCAUCUUAACAGGUAUGUUAAUCAGCCUUAAAAUAUUUGCAAUAUCCGCCGCCGAAAGGUUAACAAUUUCCUUUCAAUUAACUUAAAAUACAGUCAGAUAAUCUUCGCGCAUAACUCAAACAUUUGCUCGUCUGCAACUUAAACUUCAACUCAGGUGAGCCGAAACGGAAAAGUGUAGGAGCUGCGGAAGCAGAAAUCCAAAAUGCAAAGGAAAAGUCGGAAAAACGCAGAAUUGUGAGGGGAUAGUGGAGCUGAGAGGCACUUUGCCGCCGGCCAGCGUAAAAGUGAAAAGCGAAAAAACAAAGAAAAAUCUUCGCGCCAACAAUUAAAGCGGCGAGCGAAGGAAAAGUGCGGGUAGAAGUGGGCGAAAAAUCGAGGGGAUUCCCACUCGGCUGCGGGCCAUUUCUGGACAAUUGGGUCAACAGGGGCCAUCAGCAGCGCCACCUAGCGGCGUUAAGCGAAUUACAAGCAAAAGAAGAAGAAGAAGAAGUACCCAAGCCAAAGUGGCAUAAAAAUAGAAAACCAUUCUCAGACAACGCGGAUUGCAUAGAAAGUGCAGUUUGUGUCGCUGGAUUUUCCCUACCCAUUCCCCUCCCCAUUUCGUUCUAUCUCUGUUUGUGUUUGCAAUUAAAAUGAGGCCAAGAAUGGGAGCCAUAAAAAUGGUAACCAGAAAGUAAGUUUUCAGGUCUGCGCGACCAAAUGAAAUAAGAGAAAAAAAAGAAAAACUAAAGCCUAGCGCCCUCUCUUUCGCCGUAUGUGAAUGCCUUUGCUGCUGUCUCUUUCUUCGGUCAUGCUUGACCGUAAAAAUAGCGUUCCUGACACAGAAACGUGCCAACUGGUCCAACACGCAUUCCCGACUCUUCACAAGCUCCCAGCUCCGAACUCCACACUCCAAACUCAAAACCCCGGCAACUCUGACUAUGAUUGUGGCAAUGAUGACGCGAUGGCUUUCACAUUCCAGCGGGCUACGAUGCUCUUCUCUUGACCAAGUUUACUAAAGUUCACUGCGAGAAUUUCUUACAGGCUUAUCGCGACUUAGUUAAGAAGAAGGGUCUCACAUUAAGUUAAACAAUUUUUGAAUUACAAAAGAAUCUGUUAUUACAAUGUUUUCCACUCAAUUUACAAUAAUUAUAAAAAAUAUAUAGAUUUUUCUGCAGUGCAUUGCUUGGUUCUAGCCCAACCACUUAGACUCAGCCUGCGUUGGCACUCAGGCCACUUUCCCGACAACCUUCCUUCUCUUUUAACCCACACCCCCAACCACUUUUCACCCCCACACCACCCACUCACUAUUGGAGUUUAUUGGAUUCCAGUGCGAGUUUUCAAACUGUCGCCUGUCGACUGUUAAACUUUGUAUUUUCUAAACAAUUUUACAUUCCAUUCCUCGCAUCAGACUCAAUAUCCGCGCUAAAACGUUUAACGCUCUUUUGUUUGAAUCAAGUUUAGUGGAAGUGUGCAGCUCGCCAGUUCGCGGUCAAACACUCUUUGUUUGCAUUUUCCUUUUUUUUUCGAAACGGCCGUCAGACAGUUUUCCCCCACAGCAAACACUCGCUUAGCGUAAUUAAAGUUUUGGGGUUUUCCCGCGCGAAAGCAAAUUAACGUUUUCCUUUUCUAGUUUUGGGUGUUGUUCGCGGGAUUUAAUGAAAUGUGAAUUGCCCCAUUUGAAAAUGCUUAAACGGGAAGAGAAUGGUAGAGAUACGAGCGUAUCUGACAUUAUUUGCUCCUGAGCUUUUCUUUUUUGGCAUCAACCAUACAUUUUUAAUGAAAUUUACUUCAAAAAAAUCUCAAUUAUUUUUGCACACAAAAAAGGAGUUUACCGACUUCUUAAAAAACCUAUCCAAACUGUCUGUUAUGCAAUGAUAAAUUACCGCAGGCAAGUAAAGCUCCGAAAAAAUCAACCAUAAUAACGCGAGGAAAAAUUAAAUUAAUUUAACUCCCUCACUUUUAUGAAGAAGCAGCGCCCAAGUCAUUAAUUAGCUUUGCUUACUUUCGGCUAGACACGCACUUUAAUAAAACGGCAACCGAAUAAUAAAAGGAAAAAUCCUACAAGAAAAAUUUGCGGUCAUAAAUAAAACCCAGCUGAGAGAUCUUCGGAAAUAUUAGAAGCUAAAAAGUAAUGAACGAAACAACAAUCGCCAGCAAAUUGACUUUCACUUUAAUGAUGUCUUUAGCAAUAAACUCGUAAAUUAAUAUGGAAAAUAAAAUGGUAGGAAAAAGGAGAAAAAACAUUGACAGCCAACUGGCAGUAAUAUUUUAUUUAUAUUUUUUGUUACCCGAAAGAGAAAAACUUUCAAAUUUAAAUAUAUGUAAUGCACGUGCAUCGACUGCAGUUGUCUGUACUGUUGAAAAUAAAGCCCCUGUAUAUUAUCUAUGUGACAAUGCACGCUUGUAUAUGUAAGAAUGUAAACACAGAUCGCGAGACCUAUAUAGUUGUCUCGAUCUAACGAAAUAGGGAUAAGAAAAUAUGUAUACCAAAAUGUUUCUCCUUUGCUAAACUUCAGUUCGCAAAUAAAUUCCGCAGCAUACACACGGUGUUCUUUUCCUUCCUUAAUUUCUGCCGCUCAAUAGGUUAUGGGCCCAGGCACUAAAGAAGUAAAAUUAAGGUUGUGCGGUGUGUGACUCAGGAAAAAGAACAAUGAGUGCUCUUUAUCAAAUUGACAAGUUAGAGGAGACUAACUAUGUCACCUGGAAAAUACAGAUGCGAUCUGUAUUGGUGCAUUCCGGUUUGUGGAGCGUCACUUCUGGAGAGCUUACGGAAUCGAAUGUUCCAGAAGGACAAAAUUGGGUGGCCUUGGAUAAUAAGGCGUUGGCCACAAUUACAUUGAGUGUAAAGACUUCUCAAUUAAGCCAUAUCAAGAACUGUCGGACUGCGUUGGAGGCUUGGACGAAAUUGAGAGAUGUACAUCAGCCAAGCGGACCUGUACGAAAAGUACAGUUAUACAAGAAACUGCUCAACAAGCGGAUGGAGCAGGGGCAAAGUAUGGUGACCUACAUAAGUGAGUUCGUGGAAAUUCUGGAUGGUCUAGCUGGAAUAGGCAUAGAGCUAAACGAUGAACUUCGCACUAUCGUUUUGCUGUCGAGCCUUCCAGAACAGUUCGAGAAUUUCGUGGUGGCUAUAGAGACACGAGAUCAGUUGCCUUCCUUUGAGGUUCUCACCAUAAAGCUGAAAGAAGAGAGUGAGAGAAAAGGAGUAACAGACGAGAAUGGCGACAGUACAAAGGCGUUCGUUGCAGCACAGUCCACAGACAUGCAGACAAGAAAGGACUUGCAGACGAAACGGAAAAGUAUCGUUUGUUUCAAGUGUGGAAAGAAAGGGCACAUCAAAUCACAGUGUCGAAGUGUGAGUGACGGCAACAAUUCCACGUUGGCGAAAAACACGGUGAACCGCCAAAGCAGCUUGCUAAAUGCAUGUGACGUCAGCAACUUAAAGAACUCAGUGUGGUGCUUAGACAGUGGCGCAACGAGCCAUAUGUGUUGUGAAAAGGAGCUAUUCACAAAAUUCGAGAAGCACACAGAACAGAUCGGACUGGCCGAUGCUGGUUUUCUUCAAGCCGAAGGAAAAGGUGACGUCAAGAUACAGACAGACCUGUGUAUAUUGACGCUAAAAAAUGUUCUCUAUGUUCCAAAGAUGAACGGAAAUUUCAUGUCGGUAAGCAGUGCUGUGCAGAACAGGUGCAAGGUGAUCUUCGAUAUGAAAAACGCCCAGGUAGUGCAAGAUGGUGAAUGCAUUGUGAAAGCUAAUAAGAUCGGCAACCUGUAUUUGUUCGAAGGCGGACGAAGUAAGUGUUUUGCUAUGAAAGCAGUGGAUGGUGUUUUGCUACACAAGAGAUACGGCCAUAUUAAUUUCUCUAGCAUGAAAGAGCUGGUAUCCAAAGGAAUGGUUCUUGGAGUAGAAAAUAUUUCAUUGCCACAAAAUAUGAACUGCAAGACGUGUAUGGUUAGCAAGAUCCAUGUUCAGCGUUUUCCAACAUCGACAAGUAACCGGGCUAAGGAAUUAUUAGAAUUGAUACACGCAGAUGUUUGUGGACCGUUUCCGACACAAUCUUUGGGAGGUUCCAAGUAUUUUUUGACCUUCAUUGACGACAAAUCCAGGAGGAUUUUUGUGUAUUUUCUGCGUGGGAAGAACGAGGUGCUAUCGAAGUUCAUUGAGUUCAAGAGCUUGGUGGAACGGCAGACAGGCAAAAACCUCAAAUGUCUGCGAAGCGAUAACGGAGGAGAAUUCGUCAACAAGCAAUUCGAUCAGUUUCUCAGGCAUAACGGCAUCGCUAGGCAGCUCACAAUAGCGUAUACACCCCAGCAAAAUGGAGUCGCGGAAAGGGCUAAUCGGACACUCGUGGAGAUGUCAAGGUGCCUUCUGGUCCAGGCGGGACUUGGAGAUGCUUUUUGGGCAGAAGCAGUCAACACUUCGGUCUAUCUUCGAAACAGGUCUCCUACCAGCGCAUUGGAGAGCAUGACGCCCAUGGAAGCGUGGACGGGUAAAAAGCCUAGUGUAACUCAUCUAAAAGUUUUUGGUUCUCUUGCAGUUGCUCUGGACAAGGGUCCAAAGAAGGGGAGCAAAUUUCAACCCAAAGGCAAGGAGUACAUCAUGGUUGGAUACUCGGUAGCAGCCAAAGGUUAUCGCUUAUACGACGCUGCAGCUCGACAACUAGUGGAGAAACGAGAUGUCCUGUUCGACGAAAAACAUGACGUGGAACUCAAGGGUGAUUCCGUGUCAAUCGAACUGGAGGAGUUGGAGGAACCGUGUCAGCAAGAUGAGCCCGAUAAUGCAGAAAAUGAUUCUGACGCAUCCAUGCACAACAGCAGCUCUAGUGAGAGCUCAGAUCACUACGAGAGUGCUGAGGAUAAGGACGCAGAUGUGAACGUCGAGGAACGCAGAGGACCUGGUCGACCCAAGAUUAUCCGGACUGGCCAACCUGGUCGCCCUAAGAAGCAAUUCAACAUCCUGAGCGCUCUGGUUUCGGAAAAUGUUUCGAUACCCCUGACUUGCGAGGAGGCUUUGAGUUGUACGUAUGCGCCCGAGUGGCGCGCAGCUAUGGCAAGAGAAUAUGACUCUCUUGUUGCCAAUCAAACUUGGCAGAUCGUGGAUUUGCCGAAAAAUCAGCGAGCAAUUGGUUGCAAAUGGGUGUUCAACGUAAAGCACAAUAAGGACGGCGGCAUAGAGCGUUUCAAGGCGCGUCUGGUGGCAAAGGGAUGCUCCCAAAAGUUCGGCGUUAAUUACACGGAAACAUUUUCUCCAGUUUGCCGACUAGAAAGUGUGCGAUUUAUGAUAGCGCUCGCAGCGGAGCUCAAACUAUAUCUUCAUCAAAUGGAUGUAUGCACGGCCUAUCUCAACAGCGAUCUAAGUGAGACCGUCUACAUGAAGCAGCCGGAAGGAUAUCUAGACGAGAAGAAUCCAGAGAAGGUAUUGCUGCUUAAGAAGGCGAUAUAUGGUUUGAAGCAGUCAGGAAGGGCCUGGAACGAGAAGCUGAAUGGAGUUCUGGUGGAUUUGGGAUUUGUUGCUUGCGACAACGAACCAUGUUUAUACAAGCAGAGUGGAGAAGGUAACCUUUCACUAAUACUUGUAUAUGUUGACGAUCUCAUUAUAGCCUGCCAGACGCAAGAAGAUUUGGUCAAAAUUAAGGCCGGAAUUUCGAAAUCGUUCGAAUGCACUGACAAGGGUCCGCUAAACCAUUUUUUGGGAAUGGAAAUAGAGAGGCAAGGCGAUCUUGGAGAUAUCACUUUGGGCCAUUCGCAAUACAUCAAGGACUUAUUGCGAACCCAUGGCAUUGAAAAUUGCAGGACGGCCAAGACACCUCUGGAUGCAGGAUUCCAAGUAGAUUGCACAAGUGACCAUUGCAAGAAAGUUGACCCCUCGUUGUAUCAGUCCAUUGUUGGGGAGCUUAUGUGGCUAGCUCUUACAACAAGACCCGACAUUUUGCAUUCCGUUUCGAAGCUGGCCCAACGGAAUCAAAACCCGCACGCUGAACAUAUGGCUGGCAUAAAGCAUGUGCUCAGGUAUCUCGCAUCAACUGUUGAAACGAAAUUACACUACAGGCAGUGUGGUCAACCGUUUUGUGGAUUUGUGGAUGCGGACUGGGCAGGUGAUAGACAGGACAGGAAGUCUUACACUGGCUACAUCUAUUUUUUGGCUGGUGGUCCGAUUUCUUGGCGAUCAGAGAAGCAGCGGAGCGUGGCAUUAAGCAGUACUGAGGCUGAGUACAUGGCUCUAUCGUCAGCGUUUAAGGAGGCCAUAGUAAUGCGUAGGCUCAUACUGGAAAUUGGAUGCGGAGACCAAAGCACUCCAAUCAUCGUGUAUGGAGACAAUCUGAGCGCACAGGAGUUAACAAAGAACCCAGUUCAUCAUUUCAGGACCAAACACAUUGAUAUUCGUUAUCAUUUUGUAAGAGAAGUUGUGAAGGAUGGUCAAGUUUUGUUGAAAUAUAAAUGUACAAAUGAAAUGUUAGCAGAUAUUUUGACAAAGAACCUCCCUAAGAAGAAACAUGAAGACUUUACAGAAAUGUUAAAUUUGUACUAAAUUUUUGUAAACAUGCUUGCAUUGAGGAAGGGUGUUGAAAAUAAAGCCCCUGUAUAUUAUCUAUGUGACAAUGCACGCUUGUAUAUGUAAGAAUGUAAACACAGAUCGCGAGACCUAUAUAGUUGUCUCGAUCUAACGAAAUAGGGAUAAGAAAAUAUGUAUACCAAAAUGUUUCUCCUUUGCUAAACUUCAGUUCGCAAAUAAAUUCCGCAGCAUACACACGGUGUUCUUUUCCUUCCUUAAUUUCUGCCGCUCAAUAUGUACCCCCUUUGUUUUGUGGUCCGGUUUUCAGGUUUUCUUUUUCGAAUGCAAACCAUGACUUUCAAUGGCAAAGAGGUUUGGUUCAGGUUUGGACUCGGGUUUUGGAUUGAGUUUGAGUUUGGGUUUGCAAUCGGAGUCGCCAUUGUGUGCCAAGUUGAACAUGCAAAUGUAUCGCCCAGAGUGUCUGCCAUGAGUUUGCCAUUUGUCUGUUGGAUUUUCCGGGGAGUUCCGUGUACCGGGGCCAUAACCAUAACCAUAACGAUAACCCCAAAGGCAGGCGCAGUGUCAUAAAUGUCUUGUCCAUCAGAAUGUACAAUUUGGGUCAGAGUCUCUCUAUAUACAUUCAUCUACCCGACAUUCGGGACGCACCUUCUUUUGUCCCCCACUGACACUGACUUCUCCCCUUUUGGCAAAAACAUUGACACUUGGACAAUGCAAGUUCGAAGCUUUGAUUUGGCCCAUUCAUAACAGUGGAGCUGCCCUCGAAUUGAGUUAUUAAUGCUCAUUUCCAAAAGGCUUUGGUUUUUUGGGUAGACCAUAUUUCGUCCAGAUUUAUGACUCUAAUUAGUUAAAUAUUUUUCUCUUUUGUUUUGUGGCUCCGCAACAUGCAAUCCCCAAUCCCAGUUCUGGGCUUUGGUUGAUUUAUGGAACACAUGUUGAGAGAGACGCCUUUCUCCUAAAUGGUCAACUAUAGCCGUUUGCCCCCAAAUGGGAUGUUGAUAACCCCAAAAAAUCGUGUUAAUUGCAUGGCGUUGAAAUAGCCAACGAUAAAAACGAUAGCACUACAAGUGAUAGUUAGGAGAAAUAAAAAAAUAUGAGGCACUCUUAAAAUAACAUAGAAAACGGGAAGCACAUCGAGGUGCUGCUAUAAAAGUUAAUUCAAAUUUUUUAUGGUAUUGGGCAAUUAAAAACUAAUAUACUCUUAGAAGGAGUUCGUUUAGUUGUGGGUUAAGCUUUGUGGUUUUUUAGCUAUUAUUAAAAGAUUAUAACAUUUAUUGAUGCGUUACAUUAAGAAAUAUUUUAUUUUCUGUUUAUUUAUUAACAAUUUCUUUUUAUUUUACAACACUUAGCCUUAACGCUUUUUCGAAAACACCUUUUAAUACAAGGGUAGCCACAUUCCACGUUGCUGUUGCAGGAAACAUUUUCCGCCACCAACAUGCAACAUCGACAGCCACAGCAGCAACACCAAACGAUUGUUCAGGGUUUUUGUAUAGAAAACAUAUUUACAAAGUGGCAUUUGUGUGCUUGUACUAUUAUUAAAUUUUCCUUUGCCUUCCAUGACUUUUGCCGGGCGUAUCUUACGGCUAUUUGUUGGAAGUCGUUGGUCGGUUACCAUUAUCAUUUGUUGCCUGACUUCACUUUAAAUAAUCGUUGGCUCUUCAAAAUUGUUUUGUGUUUCGCUUGUAUUUUACUUUUUCCCUCCUUACCUUUUGCUGUGUAAUUUUUAUCAAAUUUCUGAUGCUGUUGUUGCUGCUGUUGCACAAUGUGCAGCAUUUGUGGGUUUUGCAGGGGGACAAUGGGGAAGAUGACGUUGAUGAGCUUUUUAUGGCCGGGCCAUUAGGGGGCGUGGCCGAAAAGGGGGCCGUGCAUUGUUUCGAGGGGCAUUCGCUGUCGCUGCAAGUUGCAACAUUAGCUUCUCCUCGCCAGGGUUGUCAUCUUGAUGUACGAGUGCCUCCCUCCUCGCAAACCGGUUUGGGUGUGCCACUUUGCGUGUGCCAGCAAUUUGCCCGAACGUUUAACGAUCUGUUUAUGGGGCCUUCCAUAGGAUUUCAGCUCCCAUCGAAAAAAAAUUCGUCUUUAAGAAACCCUUUAUUUUCAUUCCACCCUUGGCUGGCAAUCAGCUACUCCAAAUCUCAAAUCUUCUGUUCUGUUUUCUUAUGUUCUCCCGGGUUUUUUAUUCGAUUUUCAAGUGGCCAGCUUUGAAUAACUCAAGCCGCAUAAAUUCAAAUGAAGCACUCCAGGUGGAGGCAAAGCAUAUGUCGAAAGAUUUCCAAGAGAUUUCUAACAAUAGUUGGGCCCGUACAAUAGAUUUUUUCUUGCGCAGCCUACCAACUGCCUUUGUCAUUCAAACAUUCUCAGCUUAUCCGGUGAUCUUUCUAUCUCUGCCCUGACAGACGUGAAUUUCUUGUUAAGCUGCUGCAGGAGUUUUUACGUUUUUUUCCUGCCCACUUUUUUCUAUCGAUGCUGGUGGAUUCUUACACCAUUCUUAUUGGCUAGUGUUGGCCGAGAGUCAAUAAUUCUUCAAAAGAAAUCAUGGCUCCCUUUGGGCGCCCAUAUCCACCAACACGCUCGAUUAAAGCUGAAAAUAUAUCUGCUGCUCACCCUUCUUUCCAUUCAUCUUUCAUUUUCAUGCACUUGGCAUUUCUUUUUUCCCCUUCAUCGCCCUGCUUUGUUUGCUUCCCAGUCUCGUUUUUUUUUUGUCGACCGCAUUCAAAUGCUCUUUCAAUGCCAAAGCUGCCUCCUUUGCAUUCCGACAACUUUCGAAUGCCUGCAGUCAGACUUGUCGGCUUAGGCCGCACUCUUUUAGCCAACUCCCCCUAUUUGCACCCCCUGGCACCGCCACUGAUCCAAGCCCCCCUUCACUCGCCUUGCCCAGCCUUUUUUGAUUCGGUUCUGGCCCACUCCAAUUCAUUCCACUCCGCACAAUGGCCACAUACAUGCUCUUCAUUUCGAAUGCUUUUCCUGCCUUCUUACGAACACGCCCUCACUUCUUACACAGCGAAAAAUAUUGCCAAUCGGUUGAGAGUUGAGUAAGAAAUUCAUUUUAAAAUUAUUACAUUUUAUUUUGCUUGAAUUCCAAAUUAUUUUAAAAAAUAAGAAUAGAAAUUCAGUGGAAAGUAAAAUAAAUAAAAUAUUUGUUAUUAUAAAUAUUAUUUAAACUUCCUUCUCUUGAAUAUAUAAGUUCUUUUUCUCUUUUACAUUUUUAUCUUAUUUUUAUUUGAUUACCCAGUUUAAAGCUCAGUGCUGGCUCAACCCGUUUCGUGUCUUGCAAGUUAUGGUAGUCAUGUAGGCCUUGUAGGUUUUUAACUCCUGCAGCUCGUAGUACUUCCUUCCUGUUUGAUUCCGGGGUUCCCGAUUCCGAGGACUGUAGACUGCGGGGUGUGGCGUGGCAUCCGAGGGAAGAGUUUUCUGCAGUUUAUUCGUCACUCAAGAGCCAAGUUGGGCUGUUCUCGGAAACGUUUAACUCUGUUGAUUGAUUGCAGUCAGCAAUUGUUUGUUCUUUAUGCAACAUUUAUUUCCCGUUAUGCGGUUAGUCACAGGUCUUAGUCUAAGUCCCUGGUUACUCCCGCCCUCCCAAAACAUUUUCCAAGCUUUUCUCUUUUCUCAACUUUGUUUGGUUAUGCUAAUGCAUUUUUUGUGGCAAAAGUUUUUGUUGCCUCUUGUUAUCUUUAAUUGGCUUUUGAGUCAUUUUAUUGUUGGUCGUAACAAUUCUUUGUUGUUGUUUCUCUGUGUGCCAACAUAUGCCCACAGCUAUAUAUCAAGUUACAAAUACACAACCAUGUGCGCAAUCAAAUUGACAGGAAAAUACGCCUACAGACCCGCCCACAAAUUUAUAAUUGGUUGAGUGCUAUCCCCUCUUCUCUGUUAGUGUGUUCAAUGAUUCAUGACUAAAGAUUUGAUUUUGUUUCCUUGUCUGGAAAAUGGUAAGGUUUUCCACUGGCAAUUACUUUCUCUGGCCUACAAGAAAUAAAAUGUUGUGUGCAUUUUUAAAACAACUAACUAAGGAAAACAAAAAUCUGACUUUUCUAUAAUUUAAUAGAGAACACAAUGUUUUGAUUUCUCUUAUUUUUAAAAAAGUAUUAACCUUAAUAUUAAAGUACGCUCAACUGACCUGGAUUCAUUCAAUUCCCCCAUCGAUUUCCAACCUAUUGAUACACCCACUGCAUAAUAUCCAUACUAAUGAAGCGAACCAUCAGGGGCCUUAGUGCCGGACUAACAAGAACUUUCUUUACACCUCUUUUCCCACUGCUAAACAUCAUUCAAUAAAGUUGCAUCGAUUAAAUUCAAGUUUUAAUUAAAGCCCGCUUCAACUGCAGCAUCCCAUAAUUAAAAGGUGACUAGUAAAAAAAUGGGCGGAAAGUAAAACGAACUGCAAAAAAAAAUAAUAAAAAAGACAGUAGUGGAAAUUAAACACUAAACGAAAACGAACACCGGCAAGAGAAAUAAGUGGCUCAGUCACUCGUUUAUUGGUGACUUUUUAGUUACGGAAAUUGAUUGACAUAAUAAAAUAAUCCUUGAGAGUUAAUUGAAAUGGACGAGGCGGCAGAGUGAUAAAGAGGGUCGAGGUGGGCGGGCCAUUUGAUGGACAGCAGGAUCAGGUGAGACAGGAGCACAAAAAGGGCAACUCGGAACAGAGGGUAUAAAAAUGGCGAAGGCGAUGGGAAAAAAAUUACAGCAAAUAAAUGAAAUUAAUGCGACUUUUAUUGAAAUGAAAUUUGGCGUAAAAACGAAGCUAAAAUGGGCGAAACAAAAGAAAUAUCCUGAAAAGAGAAAUGCUCGAUGGGCUAAUAAAAGUCGGAAAAGAGCAUCUCGUAAAUUCGAUUAGUCGCCAGUUCAAUUCCAUUUAACAUAGCAACAAUGUAAUCUUUAAAGCUGCUCCUUCAAUUGAAUUUCAAAAUUAUUUCCCCUAAAAGGGUUUAGGCUUCCUUAACCCGACUUAUUUACCAUCAAUCAACGGGACAAACAAAGCCAAUAGCAAGUUCGGGCCGAGGAAAAACUUGGCUAUAAUAUGCCCGGGGGCUUACAGCACGAAAAUUUUAAUUAUGCCCGGCUUAAUGCUGGAAAAACUUUUGCCACGGUCAGUUCUCCAUGGCCUCUCCUCCCUGCAUCUCCCAUGACAACACAACUCAAAUAGCAAAACUUUCGCAACAUUUUAUUUAUUUGCCAAAUAACGAUAUCCAGGAUAAAAAAAAUACCCAAGGA